AACAAACUUUUCUUCUUAUCAGUUUUGCACAAUGAUUAUGUACUUACGUUUUACUUGACAAUCGAAAUAAGUGACAGGAAUGUAUUUUAGUCUUCAUUUUCUUUUUUUAUUACGUUGAAAUGAGACUUUCUACAGUAUAAUCAAACCCACGACAUAUAAUUUGAAGUGAAAUUAAGUUGAUAAAUGUAUGUGUAUGCUACAUAAACACGAACACAUAACAAUGUUCGAUAGAUCGACGUCUAAUGGUUCAGGAUGGACAGGUGUAUGGGUAAUCGACUCAACUUGUCAUUGUUGUCAUACCUACUGUAAGGAACAGGCGUUAAGUGAAGCUUACAAUUUGACUAACGGCAACUGUACAGAGGGUAAUUUGUGCUGUACAUCAGGACAAAGUCCCACCCAAUGGACGCCGUAUUGUGCAGCCAAAGUUAUGCCAUUUACAGUAAACUGUUCCUACAUACCAAGGACAUGUACAAUUAAUGCGUACGACUAUUAUUGCACGUGUCAGCAAAAUUUCGGACAGAUGGCAACUUGCGCCACAUCGCCGCCACCAUCACCACCACCACCAUUGAUGUACAUUGCCUUUACAGCACUUCUUCCGCUAAUAGCCAUAUUGAUCUAUGGCUUUCAUAAGUACAUCAUUUAUAGGAGCAAAACAAAGCUUCACAAAGAUAGCAGUCAAGGCGAAAAUGCUCCGGUUAAUACAAUCUACGUGAAAUGUAAUAUUAUGUUAGUUGUUGGAGACAGGGACGAGUUGAAGGUAGUCUCAAAUCAAUUGGAGAUGGCCCUUAAAUCACUGCCAAUUGCUAAAAAUCUGUUAAAAGUUACUAGAGUAAGUCUCUUUCACUUGUUUGUAGACAAUUAUAAAAUAGAAUGUGACAAAGCUGUUUUCCUUCUUGAUGCCGUGGCCAAUUCUACCGACAGUCGUGUAAAUACAUGUACAGAAAAGUUGAUGUUUACUAGGCGACAAAGUAAAAACUCCGUAGCUAUAGUUAAUUUUCAUAAAACUGAAGAAGACGUUAAAGAAAUAAACGAGACAGACCAUGCUUUCUCAUUCUCAUCGCCAAGACGGGAGAAUAACAUUGAAGAAAUAAGAGAUACACAUGUAUAUGAGAUAUGUUCUGCAUCAAAUAUAAGAGAACUGGGGGAAUGGUUUCCGUUUGUUAUGCGAAUUACGUUUAACAUAGACAAUAGGUGUGCUUGUAUAGGAAGACUUAUCCUUCCAGAAAUGUUUUUCUCUCUGGGAACGUUGUUUAAAGGAAAUGAAACAACAGAAAAUUUCAAACAACUGCUACUCCAUAUUCUCACAUCAUGUGGCGCACAUGAAUCACGAUCUGAGACUGAAGAACGCAUAAAAUGCAAAAUAUUUGUUGUAAAAAGUUUUAGAGAAGAACAAAUAUGGGAUAAGAUACAGGGCAUUCACGACGUAUAUAUAUUUUCUGAAUCUAAUGUGCGACCAGUAGUGGAUGAAUCUCUGUACAAAACAGCUUUGUUGUAUUGUAAAGAUGAAAUGAUGUCUGGAAUAUUAGAAGUGUUACAUAUCCUACGCAUUAUAUAGUAAAGUUCAAGAAUAAAACAUUGAUUAUCUAUUGAUAAAAGUAUACAUUAUUCAAAUCGAAAAGCUUUGGAAUCAAGACUUUAGUAAAAAGACGCCAAAAAGGUCAUAUAUUUGCCACCUUGGUAGCAUGAAUUAUCUAUAUAAAUAUAUUAUUUUACAUUCCA